CGAAGGAGACAGGUUGUUCUCCAGGGAAAACGAAAUCAUACGUCACUGGAAUGUCGCUUCCAUCUACAUGGAAGUGAUGUGUGGACUGUAAUUAGGUGCGUCGUCCUUGUGUUGAGUGCUGGAUUCUUUCAAUACUAACCAAGUCACAGCCAAUUGUACAUGAAGCAGGUGCUCACAUUGUUUCCGAAUUGAACUCCCAUCAUCUCCUGAGCAAACAAAUGGAACCCCUUAAGCAGGAGGAAAUCGAGGAAAAUUUCGAUGAACAUACUGAAAAUGGAAGAACUUCUCACCGGGCAAUAUCCAAGCUAAAAAGGUUGACCAGAGUACAAAUUGUAUUCAUUGCCAUAGUUACCGCCAUUUCCUUUUCUUCCGGAAUAUUCAUAGGCAUAGUUCCGUUGCAUUCAUGGAACCAAGGAUCCAAAGACACAGCUAGCAGCCUCAGCAAAGAAGAUACUGCAUUCAAGUCAGCAUCUGAAGGUAAAGAAUCCUAUCUAGUUGCCUGGAUUGGAUUGCACCCCUCAUCUUUGGAUUGGGAUCGCAAGGAUCCAGAAUUGAACAUGCCGGAGUUUGGAUCAACAGCAGAAUCGUCCGAACAAAACACUAAGACGAAAAGCAUACUGGACAAAAAAUCGGAGCUGUAUUGGAAUGCUCCCAAGUAUGAUUUGGUAAAGGAACUUGAAAUAUUGUUGAAAAAUUUAACUGACUGCGUUACGAUCGCAUGGGCCUACAGGAGGGCAGUAGAAGAAGAAGCUAAACGAGAAGCGAGUUCUGUGGAAUAUUGGCGGAAGCAGGCGGAGGUGACAAAAUAUAAAGAGGAUUUGACACUGGCAGAGUCACACGCAGGUUUAGAGAAGGCCUGGGGAGCUGCUUCGGAAAAGUUGCUGGCCGCAAGGAAGGCGUGCGAAGAGGCGAAAGUGAAGGAUGCAAAGGAUCUGGUGAAUGAUGAUUUGCUUCAUCAGAUCCUUUCGAAAGUAAAACAGGCAAAGAAAUCCUGGGACGAUGCCAUCGCUGCAAUCAAUGAAGCAAAGGUGAAAGCAGAGAUGACAAAGUUCAGAGGGAACACCUAAAGCUAAAGUUCUGUAAGCACACUGUUCUAAGAAAUGUGCCUUCCAACAAAUACUGACUUUUUAAGUCAUUCCCUUGGGACACAAAUUAUGUGAGGAUGUUUCUGAGGAAAUAGUCCGUUGCGAAUCUGGAACGUGCGGACAAUUGAAAAUAGAGGUAUUUUUUCGUUGGAAAAGGACUUCAUGAACACCCUGUACUUUUUCAGUCAGAUGCUACCAAACGAAGAUUCUUCAGUUCCAUAUUCGCCAUUUUGAAGAACCCCAUGAGUAUUUAUAUCGAAGAGGGCAAAAUGGGACUUAAUGUUUCACAAAAAGGUUCCGAGACUCAGGUGUAGCGAGAUUAAUUACCAUUAUUCUCUUGUACUCAUCUGGUUCCAUACAUUAAGAAUCCGUAGGACUGAAGGGGAAAAUCUGCAUGCUGCGCAAAUAUAUUUGAAUAUAGAGCACAGCAAUAUACAUGCCAAGUACCAAAUGAAAUCGGUGCCAUUUGACAAAUUUUUCCCUUUGGUCCAUCUCCGAACCUGGAUAAUUGCAAACAUUAUAUUUGAAGGGCAUAAAAUAUUUCAAGUAAAUGAAAUUAAAUCUAUCUUCAUAGAAUAUUUUAAAAUCGAAGACUCAAAAUUAACAAUGGGGAAAAAAAUUAAAAUAUAACUCCUUUCCAGAAAAAACUGUCCAUGAUGUUAAAGGGAGUAAUUACGAGGUAUGGCUUCCAU